CAACAACCACAGCAGCUCCAACAACAACAACCACAGCUGCUCCAACAACAACAACAACAGCUGCUCCAACAACAACAACCACAGCAGCUCCAACAACAACAACCACAGCUGCCCCAACAACAACAACCACAGCUGCCCCAACUACAACAACCACAGCCUCUCCAACAACAACAACCACAGCUGCACCAACUACAACAACCACAGCGGCUCCAACAACAACAACCACAGCCUCUCCAACAACAACAACCACAGCUGCACCAACUACAACAACCACAGCAGCUCCAACUACAACAACCACAGCGGAUCCAACAACAACAACCACAGCGGAUCCAACAACAACAACCACAGCUGCCCCAACAACAACAACCACAGCUGCUCCAACAACGACAACCACAAUGGCUCCAACAACAACAACUACAGCUGCCCCAACUACAACAACCACAGCGGAUCCAACAACAACAACCACAGCUGCCCCAACAACAACAACCACAGCUGCUCCAACAACAACAACCACAGCAGCUCCAACUACAACAACCACAGCAGCUCCAACUACAACCACAGCAGCUCCAACAACAACAACCACAGCUGCCCCAACAACAACAACCACAGCUGCUCCAACAACAACAACCACAGCUGCUCCAACAACAACAACCACAGCAGCUCCAACAACAACAACCACAGCUGCCCCAACAACAACAACCACAGCUGCCCCAACUACAACAACCACAGCUGCCCCAACUACAUCAACCACUGCGGCUCCAACAACAACAACAACCACAAUGGCUCAAACUACAACAACCACAGCAGCUCCAAAAACAACAACCACAGCUGUGCCAACUACAACAACCACAGCUGCUCCAACAACAACAACCACAGCUGCUCCAACAACAACAACCACAGCAGCUCCAACAACAACAACCACUGCUGCCCCAACUACAACAACCACAGCGGAUCCAACAACAACAACCACAGCUGCCCCAACAACAACAACCACAAUGGCUCCAACAACAACAACCACAGCAGCUCCAACUACAACAACCACAGCAGCUCCAACUACAACAACCACAGCUGGCCCAACAACAACAACCACAGCAGCUCCAACAACAACAACCACAAUGGCUCCAACUACAGCUCCAACAACAACAACCACAGCUGCGCCAACUACAACAACCACAGCAGCUCCAACUACAACAACCACAGCAGCUCCAACAACAACAACCACAGCUGCUCCAACUACAACAACCACAGCAGCUCCAACAACAACAACCACAGCUGCACCAACAACAACAACCACAGCUGCUCCAACUACAACAACCACAGCUGCGCCAACAACAACAACCACAGCUGCUCCAACAACAUCUACCACAAUGGCUCCAACAACAACAACAACAGCUGCUCCAACAACAACAACCACAGCGGCUCCAACUACAACAACCACAGCUGCGCCAACAACCACAGCUGCUCCAACAACAACAACCACAGCUGCACCAACUACAACAACCCCAGCGGCUCUAACAACAACAACCACAGCAGCUCCAACAACAACAACUACAGCUGCUCCAACUACAACAACAACAGCUGCCCCAACUACAACAACCACAGCUGCUCCAACAACAACAACCACAGCUGCCCCAACAACAACAACCACAGCUGCUCAAACAACAACCACCACAGCUGCGCCAA